AUGAUGGCAGCUAUGAACAUAGCCAUGGUGUGUGACUUCUUCUACCCUCAACUAGGUGGCGUGGAAUUUCAUAUAUACCACCUUUCGCAGAAGCUGAUAGAGCUUGGGCACUCAGUGAUCAUUAUUACACACGCAUAUGGUGAUCGCACUGGGGUGCGAUAUCUGACGAAUGGGCUGAAGGUGUACUACGUGCCCUACCUGGUUCUGUAUCGAGAAACGACUUUGCCCACUGUAUUUGCUAGCUUUCCAAUUAUUCGCAACAUUCUACUGAGAGAAAAGGUAGAGCUGGUACAUUCGCAUGUUAGCGUCUCAACUCUGGCACAUGAGAGCAUUCUGCAUGCCAACACACUGGGGAUAUACACGGUAUUUACGGAUCAUUCGCUGUACGGCUUCGAAAGUAUCGGUUCCAUUCUGGUGAACAAACUGCUAAAGUUCACGCUCACGUGUGUCGACCAGGUGAUAUGCGUAUCUCACACCUGCAAGGAGAAUAUGGUGCUGCGAGCAGAGAUCGAUCCCUCUACGGUGUCCGUGAUUCCAAACGCUGUAGUCGGGAAAGAUUUCAAGCCGUUAGAAGCAGAUCGCCGCGUAGCCACUGGGCGUACUACUAUCGUGGUGAUUUCCAGAUUGUUCCCAAAUAAGGGCGCCGGCCUACUAACACAUCUGAUUCCACGUGUGUGCGAAAUGCAUAGCUCUGUGGACUUCAUCAUUGCGGGCGAUGGACCUAACUUUGUGCAUUUCCAGCAGAUGAUAGAAUCAUAUCGGCUACAGGAUCGUGUGCAGCUGCUAGGCGCGGUGCAGCACGAGAAUGUGCGCGAAGUCAUGUGCUUGGGUGACAUAUAUUUACAUGCUAGUCUCACGGAAGCCUUCGGGACAGUUUUAGUUGAGGCCGCGUCAUGUGGACUGCUCAUCGUAACAACGAAAGUUGGGGGCAUUCCCGAGGUUCUUCCAGAAAACAUGACCGUGUAUGCAUCUGAAACAUCGGUUUCCUGUCUCGUUGAGGCCACAAAUAAAGCAAUCGGAAUUUUAAGAGAGAAGAAGGUCGAUCGGAUGGCCUUUCAUGAACAGGUUUCCCAAAUGUACGACUGGAUGGAUGUAGCUAGGCGUACCGUUCAGGUGUAUGCAAAAUGCCAGAGAAAUCCUGCGAAUAAGGAUUGGAAUGUGAUGCUGAAGAAGUAUUACCAUAGAGAUAAAGUAUGGGCUCGUACUCUCUACACCCUUUGCUGUAUCACUGAAUAUAUUUUGUGGUAUGUGCUUGAAUGGUGGUAUCCUCGCAGUGAAAUCGACAUUGCCCCAAAAUGGCCGAAGAAAGUGUAA